AUGACUGAUGUUGUCCAGGAGCCGGCCGAGCAAGAACAAAACAUACCCGCCGCCUACCUUGAAGACAUCAUUGUCCACGAAGCAUGGCCCGAAUCGCUCAACCUCCAGGGCGUGAGCGACUUUGACCCCAACGACCCCCUCUACUGGGCAAUGGAGCAUUGCCAGUCAGACCCGCGCGUUAAGCAACUACGCUGGGUAAACGACAACUCGGUCAACCUCGAAUUCUACAAUAAGGAAGACGCGACCGUCGCCCUAGGCAUCCUCACACACUCCGACGUGGGCGACACCAGCAACCUCUCACUACAAGAGCCCCGCACAGCGCAACCAUACUCAAAGAAGCCCAACAGUCGCCUCGUCAUCAGGCAGUCCAACGCUGGCGACCAGAAGCCGAAGGGCGCAGCAACCAAGAGCAACUACUACCAGCGCAACCCAGACGUGGCUGGCAACCACCAGAGGGAGCCGCGACGGAACCAAAAACCGCAGAAAGACUAUCUCGAUUAUGGCGACGAGGAAAUGGGCUCCAGGGACCGAUCAAGACGGGGGUACAGCCGAGACCAGUCCAUGGGCGACUCAGGCGCUGACCGAAGGGGCCCGCGCCGGAACGGACGAGACAACCGUGAUGGCCGUGAUGGACGAGAAGUCCGAGGUCGCGGUGGCAGAGGAGGUCGUCAGCCCGCUGAUGGUAGACUCAGGAAUGACGACGUUGAUUCCUACCGACCCGGCUCAAGAAGGUACUUCAGCGCAUUGCCCCGUGACCCUGUCAACAAGCUAACAGACCCAGUCCACAAGAGCCACGCUUCGGCCGUCUACGAGGACGCAGCGCCUCCCCUGCCUCCGACGAAGAAGGCGACGGUCGCUUCGGAUUCGCAGAGAACGAGACCCACGCGGGCCGCCGUCGGUACCGCAGCCGGAGUCGCAGCCGCAACAACACUCGACGUCGCCGUGAACCCAGCAUGGAUCGCUGGACACACGACCGUGCAAACUAUGAUCGCGGCGGCCCUGCGAGUGGUGGACGUUGGCAGAAGGACUCUUUCCUUGACACUUCGCCAAUGGGCCAUAACCACCACCGGUCAAACGCCAUCGACGCGACAUACGGAUCAAACAAGUCACGAGGAGGGGAUUCGCUACUUUCUCGCAUGA